GACUUGGUAUAAUUCCAAGUAUGUGAGUUGGUUACACUGUUGCUUUGCUGGAAAAGAAAAUUGUGGAAUAAAACGGAGUCUGCGGCAUUGGGAAUUAUGUCACAGCGAAAUCACAGAGUGGACCGCUUCGCCCAGAUGACAAAGCAGGAGGAGAUCAUAGCCAAGAAACGGCAAGAGAUCCUCGAGAAGCAGAAGACGGCACAGCUGGCGAAGGCGGUGGCCGCGGCGCAGAACUUGGCAGCGCAGCUGAAAACCGAGACGACUGUGGGAAAACCCAUUGGCAACGAGGUGGAGUAUGAGGAGGAUGCCCGAUACCUGGACACCGCCGUCCAGGACACCUCUCUAGCGGCCGGCGAGGAUGGCCUGGAGGCUGUUCACAUUGAGGCCACGGCCAGCAAGGGAAAGACGGAGGACGCGGUGGCCCCCAAGACGCUGAAUAGCUUCACUGGCAAAACGGGCAAGAUCACAUUUGGCAUGAAGCGUCAGCAGCUGCCUCAGCCCAGUGUUGAGCAGCCACCACCGAAGGUUAAAAACACUUUCUGCAACGAUGGUUCCUUUUUAGAGAACUUCAAGAAAAUACUCGAAAAGCACGAAAAGCCUCCGCAGCCCUUGAUUGUUCCGCCGGUUCCAGUGCCCAGCGCCGAGGAGAACAAAGCCGUGGACACGGAAACAGCAGAGCAGAACAACAGUCCCCAGCUAGAGGCGGCCAUCGCCAUAAGCUCGGCAGCAGCCAUGGCUACCUCCAUUACGGUGACCAGCUCGGCGCCAACUCAUUUGGCUUUUGGACUACCCGUGCAAGCAGUGCAGCCACCACCGCCGCCUCCAUUUGCAUUCAAUCCUACGCUUUUGCAACAGGGACCACCGCAGAUGCAGCUGCCAGCUGCAUUCUUCCACGGCCAUUUGCCUCUGCACUUGCAUCCGGCGGCAGUUGCUCCUCCGCCACCUCCACCGCCUCCACAGCUGCCCAUCGCUCUGACCAACAUGGGACAGAUUUACAUGCAGCUUGGUCCGUCUCCAGUGGAGGCUAUGCAGCUGAAUGCCAUACCGGCGCCCAAAGAGUUUGACUUAAAUGCCAUACCUAAGCCACAAAUAAAUCUGGAGGCUAUCCAGAUGCCCAGCAUCGGUGGUCAUUCGACGGAGCAGCUUGGCCUCCUGCCGGACCGCAUGUCCAUGCCAGUGAAUCCACACCCACCGCCUCCGCCGCCACCUGUAGUGGAGGAAAUGGAGCAACAGCGCCAGCAGGUGGCACCUCCACAUCCACCUCAGCCCACAGCUGCGCCGCCACAAGUUUUUUCAGAAACGUGCAUACAAUUGCCAACGUGCUUAGAAAACCUAAUCGCACUGGUCGCGGAAAAUGGUGAAGAUUAUGAAGAUAAAAUACGUUUGCAUAGAAGCGAGUUGCAUCCGGCCUUGUGGUAAAUGACCUAAACAUGUUUUAACUGGGACUAGUGGUAGUAGAUGCACAUAAGGGAUGGACCGGGGGAGGGGGGGGGGGGGGGUCGUACAGUCCGUCUUAAUUGGGGAUUUUUCACGUUUACUUAAUUGCUUUCGCAAGUUGAAUCAUUGUAUAAGUGCCAGUUCUUUAGGAUAGUAACAAUUGAAUUUUAAAAAUUAGUCCGAUUUAUGUUAUAGUUUGGUUGUUUUUAAUUGCCAUUACUCCGAUAUUUCACACGACACACACAGACGCACAGAUUUCCGUUCCGCUUACUCAAUCGUGAAUUUAAAAUCACAAACAGUGGACAUGUACAUGUUUUUCUUUGAUGCGUUUUAAGUUAGAUGUCUGAUUAAUACUACCAAUGCCAUGUAACAUCUGACAAAACGGACCAACUUGAUGGGGGUGUAGGAGGAUUAGCCAGACCAGUCGCGUGGACUCAUCGAGCGCACAGUGUUCCGUCGUUCCUCGAUCGUCAUCUAAAGUCUGGAGGAGCCAGCCGGCGGAUGACAACUAAUAAUCUCUGAAUAAGCCGCUAUUGGGGCGCCUCAAACAGUUAUUCAUAUAAUGUCUUUGUACACGUGACUAACGUCGAGCACUUUUCAUUGUACUUUUCACUUCUUUUGAAUUUUGAUAAUAGGUUUCUUUAUGAUAAGAGCUGCGAGCAGUAUCGAAGCUAUAGCGACCAACUCCUCGACUACAAACAGCAGCGGGCUGAGCGACAACGGGAGCGGGAGCAUCAGAAGCUAAGCCGGGACCAUCAGCCGCAGGCGACGGAGCAGACGGACGCACAGCAACACCGCGAGGAGCAGCACAGCAACUCGGCGGCUGACAAGUACGACCCAGAGUCGGCCAUCAGCGCGGACUUCGACUCGGAUGACGAGUACAUGCGGGGCAUGAUGGAUCGCAACCGGGACAACAUCAAGCGCCGCAUUGAGUGUCGCAACGAGCUGAGCGACGAGGAGAGGCGCGAACGGGAGGAGGCUGCAUCCGGAGAACCGCCGGAUGGCGAUGACCAGGACGACCAAGACGACAAGGAGUCGCAGAGGCAGCGUAGGAAGCGCGAGCGCAAGAGCCGAUGGGGCGAGAAAGAGCAACAGUUGCCAUCCUCAAGCACUUCGGGAAACUUUGGUAACCAAAAUAAACCCAUACUAAGUGGCAUCACGCGAACAGAUCCCGCGUUGUUGCAGUAUGCUCGGCUCAACUAUGGAUCGACUCAGCUGAGCGAGGAGCAGUGGAAGCAGUGCGAGGAGCACUACAAAGUAAACCUGCUGUAUCAGGACAUGAUGCGCAAGCGUCAGGAAAUCGAUCGACUGGCCCGUGGCGGUAAAUUCAAGUACGAAUACGACUCGGACGAGGACAUUGAGGGCGGGACGUGGGAGCACAAGUUGCGAACAGCCGAAAUGGAGGCCACAUCCCUAUGGGCAAACGCCCUGACCAAGCAAAGCGAAGGCAAGCAUCACAUCGGCGACUUUCUGCCCCCCGAGGAGCUCAAGAAGUUCAUGGAGCAGUACGAGGCGAAGAAGAACAACAGGCAGCCGGAUCUAAGCGACUACAAGGAGUACAAACUAAAGGAGGACAACAUUGGCUUCCAAAUGCUGCAAAAACUCGGCUGGAAAGAGGGGCAGGGCUUAGGACAGGACGGAGCUGGAAUUGUGGACCCCGUUAACAAGGCACCGCAACGCGAUGGAAACCAAGGACUUGGUGUCAGCAGCGCUGCCCAGCCAGAGGACUGCGACAAUGAAUAUGACGCCUACAGGAAGCGAAUGAUGUUGGCCUAUCGUUUUCGUCCAAAUCCUUUGAACAAUCCACGUCGCGCCUACUACUAGCACUACCUAAAAUGACCCCUACCCACAUAACUACCAAUAUCCUAGGUCCACUUAUUCAACUGCAACUUUGCUGAAUAAAAUGUCCUCGUUUAAAUU